CUGAAGGAUACUGAAAAAGACACCUUGAUUGUUUCUCAUCUGUGCCCUUGAUUUUUCCUCGACCCAUUGAAUGGCUACCGCAAGGGUUCUUCUCCGCCGAGGCUCCGCCGCGGUGCGUAGCCUUCUCCCCACCCAUGGUCCGGCGACCUCCGCCGUGGCCCCCGCGGCUUCGCGUCUCCUCCAGGCGCAGACCCACUCCUCCCAGUCUGACGCUGCUGCCGCGUCCAAGCCCAAGCGCACCAAGACCUUCUCCAUCUACCGUUGGAAUCCCGAUCAUCCCGAGAAGCCGCAGCUCCAGAACUAUGAGAUCGAUCUCGGCGAGUGCGGACCCAUGGUCCUCGACGCCCUGAUUAAGAUCAAGAACGAGAUCGAUCCUUCCCUCACCUUCCGCCGCUCCUGCCGCGAGGGCAUCUGCGGGUCGUGCGCGAUGAACAUCGACGGCGACAACGGGUUAGCCUGCCUCACCAAGAUCCCAUCCUCCUCGGCCUCCGCCACCAUCACCCCGCUGCCGCACAUGUACGUGAUCAAGGAUCUGGUGGUGGACAUGACCAACUUCUACAGCCAGUACAAGAGCGUGGAGCCAUGGCUCAAGAGGAAGGAUCCGUCGCCGAACCCUGGGAAGGAGAUUCCGCAGAGCAAGAAGGACCGCUCGAAGCUUGAUGGUAUGUACGAGUGUAUCCUUUGCGCCUGUUGUAGCACAUCCUGCCCUAGCUACUGGUGGAACCCUGAGACCUAUCUAGGUCCGGCUGCUCUCUUGCAUGCCAACAGGUGGAUACAGGACAGUCGAGAUCAGUACACAAAGGAGCGUCUGGAUGCAGUUAAUGACGAGUUUAAGCUGUAUCGAUGCCACACUAUCAUGAACUGUGCUCAUGCUUGUCCCAAGGGAUUGAAUCCUGCAAAACAAAUUGAAUCCAUUAAGAAGCUUCAGCUUCAGUAAAUGUUUCUGAAGACGUCUUCUACUUAAAUCGUGAUUGAAAAUAAAGGAGGAACGCUCAUAUUUAAUAUUUGGGUGGUUUGCUGAUUGUUUUGAUUUUGUUACUCAUGCCAUACCAUGAAGGUACUUUAUUUGAGGCGCAGGCAGGCUGUAUUUCAUUCAAUACUUAAUAUUUAAACGUUAUUAAUGUUGACGAGCAGUAAUAUUGAGGACAAAUUUUGUUUAAUUUUUGUUGUU